AUGGGCGCCGUGGACCGUCCGACGCACCACAUCGCGGCCGCCGUCCUUGUCGUUGCUUAUGCGCUUCUCUGGCAGCCAACGGCGCCUCCGCCAGCCUCGAGCAGCAUCACUUUUGCCGUCUCGCCUGUGACGCCAGCCAACUUUUCAGGCCCUUUGCUUCGCGACACGACCACAGCGAUUGAUCAACUGCCCGAGUACGUCGACGCUGGCUGUCAACGCGUGCACCAGCAGUCGCCGCUCGCGAUACCAUUCGUUGCAUCCACGACGGGCUUUCUCGAUGGCGUCAGCAAAGCGUACGCCCAGCACCUCCACUUGGUGCUGCGGCCCGACGACAUUUGGCUGGCGCUCACGAGCCAGUUUGGCCUGUACGUCGACGGUAGCAGCGAAGCGCUUCGGUCGCGGCUUGUCAAGCACCGCCAAGGCAAGAUCGAGCUCGAGAUUGAAACGGCGGGCACGGUCCAUACGGUCGACUUUGGUGUCUGUGCGACUCAAAUGGUCGACAAGAUGCGCGCGCACUUGGUCGACCCGGCGCUCGCCGACGUCCUGCUGCCCAACUUUACAACGACCACGCCCCACGAUCGCAUCACGGCGAGUAUUUUGACCAUGGCCACGAUGAAGAAUUUCUUCCAGUACAAGUUCAAAAUCGCAUGUGGCAUUCCAACGGUGACGCUUCUCGGCUCGGUCGACGACUGGCAGCAAAUUCGGUCGCGCAUCGAGCACUUUCGAGCGUAUGGCGAGCGUAUGCAGACGUGGGUCGACCUUCUCAGCGGCGUCCUCGAUCAGUUUGUGGCGGCGGCGCGUGGCGAGCCCGACACGGCGUUUUGGCAAAGCAUUUAUGACAGCACCUACCAAGGCUGCGGCCAACGCUAUGUGAGUGGCUGGGUGAGCGUCUUUGCCGUCUUUGACGGAAAAGGUCGGUGGCAGGGCGAUGAGCGAACGACCAGUUCCGGCGAGACAUCUACCUACCCAAUCAUUGCGGCGGACGAUCUGCCACCGGGCUACGCGGCCGUCGACGUCGAGAUUGAUGACAACGGCAACAAAAUGGACGCGAUCAUGCUGGCAGGUCACAUGUCGUAUGCCAUCCAAGACAACAACACGGUCGUCCCGCAGCUGGGCUGGGCCAUGGCGCUCAAGCCUACAGCACAUCGACUUGAGAUUUCGACACCUGUUUGAAG